UAUUCUCUUCAUUUCUCUCAUCGCUUUAGAUGCGUUCUGGUCUACAGGCUCUCAGCCAGCGAAUCAUCGGAAGCAAUACUAUUGUCCAAGGAGCUCUGCCUGCUAUUCUAAGAGAUACUCCAGAAACCUUCUUUGAAGAUAGCAUCGAAACUGUACAGAGGAAUGCCUUACUAGCUCAUUCGAUGCUGUGUGAAGUGCCUGGAUUGCGUCCAAUCAUGCCCUCUGGAGCAAUGUACAUGAUGGUCGGAAUACAAAACUCUUGUUUCCCUGCUUUUAAACAUGAUAUGGAUUUCGUAGAAUGUUUGAUGUCUGAGCAAUCCGUAUUUUGCCUUCCUGGACUGUGUUUCGACUAUCCAAAUUAUUUCCGCAUCGUAUUGACAGUCCCAGAAGAAAUUAUGGUGGAAGCAUGCGAACGCAUAAAAGAAUUCUGCACCAACCACUAUACUUUAAACACUCCUACUUCAACUGCUAACACUGACUUACUGUUAAAUGUGCAAAUGCUUCUUCAAGUCUGAUGCCAUUCUGUGCUCUCGGAGAGAAUAAAUUUUUCACCAAUCAUAGUUCAAUAUUUUGCUUGGACUUACAACGCUGAUCUUUAGCUCAAUAUGCAAACUUCUUCGAAUUCGACAGCAUUUCAUUUUAUGUGGCAAUGAAUUCAUUUUCUUCAACUCUGAAAGCACAUUUUGUAGUACUAUAUUUAAAGUUCGUUUACUGAAGUCAAAAUAUUUUUUGAAUAUGUAAUAUUUCCUCUCAAGUAUGUAAUUCAUUGAAUAAUCAUGUUGUACAAUAAAAUGAACAUUUUUUACAAAAAA